CUUUCUCAAAACGUCAAUUCAUUUUACAAAAUGAAGAAACGCUAAAAGUACCAACACGCUUUAAGUAGAAUACACUCCAACAGAACGUAUAUGAACGACCAUCUCACCGGAGCCACUCCUCAGUUUCAAGCUUUUCUCUCUUUAAGAUUCGCUCUGAAAUUCGUUUUUGUUUGGAAAUAGAUUAGGAUAUUAGAUCAAUUUAUCAAAAGUUCAAUUGGUAUAUGUUUCGUGACAUUCUAUGUGUUUCGAUUUGAUGCGUGCGUUUUGAGAUAUAAAUAUGCUGAUGAGCGGGCCGGCGGUGCACCCGGUGGAGGCUCCUCCACCGGCGACGGAUGUAGCGCCGCCGAGAGUAAGGAUGAAAGACAUUCAGGGGAUGGCCGGGACCUCCGGGGCUCUCGCCCUCCGCAUCUGCCAGUUCGUCUUCGCCGCCGUCUCUCUCUGCGUCAUGGCCACCACCUCCGAUUUCCCCUCCGUCACCGCCUUCCGAUGUGAUAGUGAAUUUAUGAUACACAAUUGUGACCGGAACUUUCUUGUUCUUGUGGUCAGCUACCUUGUUGCUGCUGUUGGCUUGCAAAGUAUGUGGAGCCUUUCGCUAGCUCUAGCGGACUUAUAUGCUCUUUUGGUGAGACGAAGAUUUAGAAAUACAGGAGCUGUCAGUUUGUUUGCCAUUGGUGAUGGGAUUACCUCGACUUUAACAUUUGCCGCCGCGUGUGCAUCGGCUGGCAUCACAGUUCUCAUUGGUAACGAUCUCAACAAGUGUAAUCUGAACCACUGCACGAGGUUCAUGUCGGCUACAGCCAUGGCUUUCUUGAGCUGGUUUGCGGUUUCCCCAUCUUUUAUAUUGAACUUCUGGUCACUUGCCUCUCGGUAAACAUGUAAAAAAAUCGAAGGAACAAAAAAAAAAAAAAAAGGUUCCAUUUUAAGCGAUUAAAUGGAUUUUUGCUACUUGUAUUUUCUCAGGAUUUUGAGAUAAGACUACUGUGUAAUUUGCUGGCUUAUCAUCUGUGAUGAAGUGAAUUGGUUUGUGUAAGAAGAAAUAUUUUCCCUUAGGUGGAGAAGAGAACAUUGUAUUUUGUGGACCAUUUAGUUGGUGAAUUUAUUUUGAUUUUAUAAAAGUGUUCCUUGUGCAUUGAUAAUUUGAU